AUGCACGAGUGGUUGAACGAGGGAGUGAAUACCGCACUUCAGACCGAAAAGAGCCAAUCCCACAUCCUAUCGAUAGUUGAAAAGUCUAUGUCUUCCUCCAAUCAAGACGUUAUUACCGACGAGGCAACUGUUGCUGGGAUGCUAAACAAUGGAGCAUUAGGCAAGAUUGUUAAAGCAGAAAUCGACAAGAUGGUUCAAGAGGCGGUUGAGCAGCGUCUAGGUCCUCCAGGUGCCCCAAUUACCGCACAAGUUGUGUUUAACUCAGCCGUCACAACUCAAUGCGCCAUACAACGAUAUGGGGCAUACUCCAAAGCAGCACCAAGCAAUCAGAUUCAAGUUCUACACGACCCCCUAUCUUUAACAGCACUUCCUUCAGCAGAUCCAUCCAAAGAGCAAGCCGCCAAAGAAGAUGCUGAAUCUAUCCGCAGUAUUGUCAAUGCCCAGGUCACGGGUGAGCACCAACCUGAGAUGCCACCUCCGAGAUACCCAGGAUUGUCGACGCACCCGCCACUUGCAAAGCAACGGCCUGGCACAAAUACCCUUGGAGUCUUCAUAAAGGGACAAAGUAAAAGCCUCUGUCAACUGCCAACACAGAAAUGUCCAGCGAAGCAGCAACCUGAUCUGGCAAAGCGCCCAGCGCAAGUGCAAUCAACAACAGGAACACCACGUGCAGAGCAGCAAGUGAGUUCAGGAUGUCUCAAACCCUCGGAUGAAGCGAAGGAGAAGGCCAAGAUGUUCCUGUCAAAGGCAGAAGUUUCCCCCAAAGAGGUGCAGCCAGGCCUGCCGGCGACGCCGACAAAGGAAUCGCCAAAUAUAGAAGCUUACAAGUCUGGUCAGCAUGCAGAUAGCGAGCCGUUAUCGCCUCUGGCUCAAUCCCCGUCAGUCGAGAAGAGGAAGCGUGCAAUAGACAAUAAGCCAGGAGCAACGGAUACUGAUCAUUCUAAAGACUUGGCUCUCCCAAAAAAGGCUAAGAGUGUCGUUGCUGCUUCAAACUCGGAAGUAGGACACCUGGAUUUCUCAUUCGUGAAGGUUGGGGGGUGGACCGGCCUAGUUUUCAACGUUCAGUCAACCUUGAAUCUGUUGCACAGAAUACAGAUAUGCGUUCUUUAA